UUUAUAAAGAUAUAAGUAUUUUUUUUUUCUUCCCGUGUCUCUCCACCGCUUUGAAAGCGAGUUCUUUGGCAAAGAACGGAGGAAAAGCUCAGCAAUAUUUCGGGGGGUGAUUGUCUUUCUUUUUGAAAGAAAAAAAAACUGAGUGCUUCGCGAUGGAGAAAAUGUCCCGACAGCUCCCCCUGAACCCCACCUUUAUCCCGCCUCCCUACGGCGUGCUCAGGUCUCUGCUGGAGAACCCGCUGAAGCUCCCCCUUCAUCACGAAGACGCAUUUAGUAAAGAUAAAGACAAGGAAAAGAAGCUGGAUGAUGAGAGCAACAGCCCAACGGUCCCCCAGUCAGCAUUUUUGGGACCCACCUUAUGGGACAAAACCCUUCCUUACGACGGAGAUACUUUCCAGUUGGAAUACAUGGACCUGGAGGAGUUUUUGUCAGAAAAUGGCAUUCCCCCCAGCCCGUCCCAGCAUGACCACAGCCCUCACCCUCCUGGGCUGCAGCCGGCUUCCUCAGCCGCCCAGUCGGUCAUGGACCUCAGCAGCCGGGCCUCAGCACCCAUUCACCCUGGCAUCCCAUCUCCAAACUGUAUGCAGAGUCCCAUCAGACCAGGUCAGCUGUUGCCAGCAAACCGCAAUACACCAAGUCCCAUCGAUCCUGACACCAUCCAGGUCCCGGUGGGUUAUGAGCCAGAUCCAGCAGAUCUUGCCCUCUCCAGCAUCCCUGGCCAAGAAAUGUUUGACCCUCGCAAACGCAAGUUCUCUGAGGAAGAACUGAAGCCACAGCCCAUGAUUAAGAAAGCUCGCAAAGUCUUCAUCCCCGAUGAUCUGAAGGAUGACAAGUACUGGGCAAGGCGCAGAAAGAACAACAUGGCUGCCAAGCGCUCCCGCGACGCCCGGCGGCUGAAGGAGAACCAGAUUGCCAUCCGGGCUUCGUUCCUGGAGAAGGAGAACUCGGCCCUCCGCCAGGAGGUGGCUGACUUGAGGAAGGAGCUGGGCAAAUGCAAGAACAUACUUGCCAAGUACGAGGCCAGGCACGGGCCCCUGUAG